CCACCAUCCCAGCAUCCACCCCCAGCUGCCUGAGCGCGUGAGCAGACUGCUGAUGAGGCCAUGGCAGUUAACGAUUGCCAGGUCCUGGGGCUGCAAUGGACUUGGUGUCACCAGGGUGGUGACACGUGUUCCCCACACCCCCGGUCCCUCUCCUGCACUGACAAUGGCUUCUCUUGUUGGUGCCAUGGUGGCAUGGUGUGCCUGAAUUCCCUCACUGAAUGAACCGUUUCCCUGCUCCCUGUUGAAUUCCUGGAGUGACCUCUGGGGCCUCCCAGCCCACGGCAGGGGGUCAAGGAUGGUAACUUCCCACUAACCCACUCCCUCCAUUUUCCCAUAUCCCUCCACUGUCGUUUGACGGUUUCCAUCUCUCUCAAGACUCAAAUCUCUCCUGUAGUACCCAAAUACCCUCCAUGCCUCAAAGCUUUCCCCUAAGACCACAUUCUUCCCUCUAGGAUUCAAAUCCCUUGCCUCCAACCCUAAAUCACUCUCCUCAGAUUCAAAUCUUUCCCCGUCAGACCUAAUGCUCUCUCCUGGGCCCCGGUGCUCCCCCUCCAGGCUUCUUAAUUCCCGCCUCCCGGUACCCAAUUCCCCCUAAGCUCCAAGUAACCCACUCCCUUGGCCCCAACUCUCCUACUCGAAGAAUCAAAAGAUCCCCCCCCGGGACCUAAAUCUCGUCGCGCAAGACCCACAUCUCUCCCUUCACCUUAAAUCCCCCCCCUCCCCGGCCCGUCUUCCCCCUCAGAGCCCCUCCUCCGGCCUUUUCCCUCCUCCCACGGCCGCUCUCCCUCAGCCGGGGCCAGGCGCGGGGCGGCGAUGGCCGGCGGGGCGCGGGAGCUGGCCGGGUAUCUGGCGGCGCUGGCCGGCUGGGUGGCGGGACUGGCGGCCGCCGUGCUGCCGCAGUGGCGGCAGAGUUCGUACGCCGGGGACGCCAUCAUCACGGCCGUGGGGCUCCACGAGGGGCUGUGGAUGAGUUGCGCCGCCCAGAGCACCGGGCAGGUGCAGUGCCGCCUGCACGACUCGCUGCUCUCCCUCGAAGUUCACAUCCAGACAUCCCGGGCUCUCAUGGUCAUUUCUCUCCUCCUGGGCUUCUUUGGCAUCAUCAUGAGCGUGAUGGGCAUGAAAUGCACUAAAGUUGGGGAGGAGGAUCCUGUCACCAAAAGCCGCGUAGCUGUUGCUGGAGGUGUUCUCUUCAUUCUCUCUGGUCUGUGCACACUGGCUGCCGUGUCGUUGUAUGCAACACAGGUGACCUAUGAGUUCUUCAGAGAGAGCACCAUCCCCAUCAACGCUAGGUACGAAUUUGGCUCUGCUCUCUUCGUGGGCUGGGGGGCCGCCAGCCUCUCCAUGUUGGGGGGGUCCCUCCUGUGCUGCUCCUGCCCUGCCAAGGAGCGCCGAGGACAGCAGUACCAUCAGCAGUCACAGCCCUCUGCAGCCCGGGAGUAUGUCUGAGCCCUAACCCUGUGCUCCUGCUGCCCAAUGCCUCCCUUCCCUCCCAAAAACAGGCAAGACCCUGGUGCUCCCACCCUGCCUAGACCCUGAAUUCCCUGUGAGACCUUUCUCCUUCUUACCUUCCAGGUUUCAGCACCAUUUUCAGUGCCAGCCUAUAAAGUAGAGGUUUUAAGUGCCACACCUCCCAUAUCCAUCAUUGCCAUGUUCUCCUCAUCUGGGCGGGGUGGCACCCCCAGCCCCACGUUGUGGUCAGGCCAUGUCUGUCUGUCACAGGGAUGAUGUGGGGGUGAUGCAGAGAGGCUGAUGCCAGUGGCACAGAGGCACAGAGCCAAUUGGCCAAUCCCACGGGGGUGUGCUGCACAGAAGCACUUUGUACCAUGGCCACACUUCUCCCACAUCAUGUUUUCAGGAGCAAGCAGGGAGGAAAGCCAGUGCUUGGUUUUCCUUGGAUGAGGUUUUCACUUCUAACAGCACCAGCCCAACUUGGGGUUCAAGCAUCCCCACACCCCGCUAUUGGCAGAGGGAUGCUUUCAGGGUGCACCAUUCCCCUGCCUCAUUGCUACUGAAAAGCAACACUUAAAAUUAUUAUUAAUUAUUAUUGAUUUCUGCCUGGAGGCCAGUUGCUCCAGCUGAGCUCUGCCAGCCCAAGCCUACCUUGGACCCGUUCCUGUCCAGGACCAGGCUGUGCCUUGUUAAACAAGAAUAAAUGAGUUUGGGCAAAUUAAAGCAGCAAAAAGGGGCUCUGAACACAAAUUAUUUGUUUUUAGUUUUGGUGCCCAACUCAACUAUUUUGAGUGGCAGAUGGGCAGAGCCCUGAAUUUUGGUGCCUCCCUGCUGUGUCCAAAUCCCUCUUACCUGCCAGGAUCCCCUAGAGCAGACAGUGAAGGUUCCAAACACAACGUGCUAAUUACCUCCACCACUUUGUACCUCUAUUCUACUGCUACUAAUUGUUUUGCGACUGCCAAAGCUCCGAUUUCUUCUGUAAAUCCUCCAAACUCUCUGUACUCCAUCCCUCCAGCCUUGCUGCAGGUGUUGGGCCAACCAACCCACAGGGAAGGACACAGCAAAUUAUCCAAACAGCUUCAUUAUCUAUUAUUUUAUUUUAUUUUUAAACCCAAAUAUGAAGAGAAAGCUGAUUUUUUUUUUAAUUUUGGGUUGCUCUAUUUUAUUUUGCUUUAUUUUAUUUUCUAUUUCUCUGUUUUAUUUUGCUCUAUUUUAUUUUACUCUACUUUUCUCUGUUUUAUUUUCUUUCCUUACGUUUUAUUUAAUUUCCCUCUAUUUGAUGAUAUGGCCAUGCCCGGGUCUGGGUCCCUGGCUGUGCUGGAGGAGAAACAAUGCUAUUUUUCCCCCGGGUGGAGCAGGGGUGUUUUCUCUCUUUCUCCCUGGCAUUAACUGCCUUUAUCUCUUUUAGGUUGCAGUCCCCCUGUAAAACUGGGACCUGCACCCCUCAGGGGAGAGCAGUGCUUGUAGGCUGACAUCACUCAUCAGGUGCUGAACCCAGAUUUUGGGGUUUGAAAAACACCAACCUAAGCCACUGCAGUAAGGAUUGAAAAGGAACUUUGUGCUUUAAAACAAAGUUUUAAACAAACAAAAACAAACCCCCCCCCAAAAAAAACCCACCAUACUAAAAAGGCCUUUUUAUAUUUCAGUGUAAAGAAUGUUUUUAUUCUAUUAAUAUAAAUUCCAUUAACUUUUCCAUGGGAUGCAUGGCCUUGGAAAUGGGAGAGGUGGGGAUUUUUUAAUGCCUUUUUCUUUCUUCUUUGCUUUUUGUACUCAAAAUUGUGAUUUGGUGGUAUUAAAAUAUUUUCAGUCAUGGGCAUCUUUCUGGAACUGUCUCUUUGAUCUUCCCUCACUCCCCAUCUGCACAA